AUUUUUUCAACUUUAUUUAUUUACUCCUCCUUUUCCUGCAAAACCCUAAUUUCAUAUUUCACGCCGGAGAAUUUGUGAACCAGAAUUGUUAUUUUUCUCUGUAAUUGUAGAUUUUUUUUUUGCCAAAAAUUGUGUUAUUUUUUUGAAGCUCUUUCCGCUCUCAGCAAUGGUGGAGAUUUGAUUUUGAGCUACAGUGUCACGUCUUUCUCGGAGUUCAAAACGGUUCAAAAUUCUGCUUCUGGGUUUUCACCAUUUCAGGCAAAAGUUUCUAUUUUUGAAGUUUUUAUGUGCAGCUACAACUUUUUCUGAGCCCAGACGUCAUUGUACUGUUUCUGGGCACGUUAGUUCUGCAUUCAAGUACAUUUGUCCUAACUAAGUUCAACUUUUUUCAAAAUUUUCCGUUGUUUAGAGUUUGUGAACGCUUGAAUCUCGAAUGGGUGGGAUUUAAGCGUGUUUUAAGGUUUUGGGGUGUCUUAGUUUUUCUCUGAUUCACUUAAAAAUGGAGGAAAGAGAAAUUUUUAGUUCUGGCCAUGUGGUUAAGGUUGUCGAGGCCCCCCAGAGCUUCCACGUGGCACUAAACUCAGUGCAGUUUCCCGGGCCCACAGUGGAGUCGCCGGUGCCUGCUCCUGCGCCGGCGAGUGCUCCGGUGGUGACUUCCGGUAGUACGGAUGGGAAGAAGAAGAGGGGCAGGCCUAGGAAGUAUGGACCAGACGGCAAGCUGGCGCUGUCGCCGAUGCCGAUAUCGGCAUCGAUUCCGUUGACCGGAGACUUUUCAUCCUGGAAAAGGGGUAGAGGAAAGCCGUACGAGUCAAUCAAGAAGUCUUUCAAGUUUUAUGAAGUUGAAGGUCAAGGUGCAGGACCAGGUGAUGGAAUUGCAUACUCCGUAGGUGCCAAUUUCACACCUCACAUCCUUACAGUAAAUGCUGGCGAGGAUGUUACUAUGAAGAUUAUGUCCUUCUCUCAACAAGGAUGUCGAGCCAUUUGCAUUCUCUCUGCAAAUGGCACAAUUUCAAAUGUCACACUACGCCAACCAUCUUCUUCUGGUGGUACUUUAACAUACGAGGGGCGGUUUGAAAUUCUUUCCUUGACUGGUUCAUAUAUGCCAACUGAGAAUGGAUUCACAAGGAGCAGAUCUGGUGGGAUGAGCAUCUCUUUGGCCAGUCCUGAUGGUCGAGUAAUGGGGGGUGGACUUGCUGGUUUGCUGGUAGCUGCAGGUCCAGUGCAGGUUGUUGUGGCUAGUUUUCUUCCUGGUCACCAGCUGGAGCAGAAACCAAAGAAGCCGAGGGUGGAGCCAAUAUCAAUGGUUGCCCCUACACAUGUCAAUCCUACUUCUGCUGAAGAAAUAAGAAUUGGUACUGGAGGAGUAAAGCCAAUCAUGACACCAACUGCGUUUCAAGUGGAAAACCUUUUUAGCAAUGGUCAAGGCUCUAGGAGCUCACCUUCUGAUGAUGAAACUUCUUUCCCUGAAAAUGAGUCUAACCCCAGCCAUGCAGAUGCUGGAGUUGUAUGCUAAACAUGUUCUGAAGAGUCAAACCCCAUUUGGACUCACUCAUGCUUGACUGAUGCUGACAAUUAACUUGACAAAAGGCUUAUAGUGGGAUAAGUGUCAGGUUGGUUUUGACUUGAGAAAUUGUUCUCUUUGGUGAUAGGUAUUAGUGUUAGGAAAUCUAUUUGUUAGGUUUUCCAUGUUUCUGUUCUCAUGAUGCGUAUCAAAUAUUGUUUACUCAUCAUAGUUGUAGAAGGUAGAUGUAGGAUAUAUGUUGUGCCACGUUCUUGUUAGAUUUUAUUAGAUUGUUUGAAAUGAGUGCAUUUGGGUGCUUUCUAAACUGUAACCUAACGAUAUUAUUUGUUGUGAAGGAGGAAAUUACAUUUUAGCAUUUGUUA